AUGCCAGCUGCCCUGGAAAACCACCACCGGGAUCUCAUUUACAAGGCAUCGCGCCAUCCGACCCUCACCAACGAACCCGGUGUCACGGUAACAAUGGAUGAUGGCGAAGAGAUCAAGCUCGAGCCAAUGCACUUUUAUGACAAGCCGAGUGUGAAUAAGAGUAUCCUCAAAUUGGUGAGACUGCUUGACGGCAACCAUAACGACACAGAUUGGAACAAUCUGCCUCCGUUCCUUCAUGGCUUGGUCAUGGCAAAAAUCAAUCUCCCUUCCAGCUUUUACGAGAAAAUCACACGAAAAGCCUGUGAAGUGGGCAAAGAACGGAUCAUCUUGCGAUGCGCGGAGAAGCCGACCGAAACAGGAAUGAGGUUGUCGCGACAGGGAGUGGCCCGGGAGUUGAUGCUGGGUUUCCACAACCGUGCGGUUCUGGCGAAUUUCCAGGGUGGCGAGCUCGAGGCGGCUUCGCGGCGAGCCGAAUAUGUUGCACGAAUGUUGGAAGAUGAAUUGCACGGAGGCGGCAAGCUGCCAAAAGGGGAGGUGGACGCGAGGAAGGAUCCAGUUGUUCUGGCGGUGCUGCUGGAGCUUGCGGCUGCAAAAGCAAUACACGCACAUGGUGGCCAAGACUAUGAGGGAAAAGUCGCCAACUAUGCGACCAAGCUCCUUCACCUAGACAGCAAGGAGCUACGUUCGCAACUCGAGCAACAAACAGAGGUAGAGCAGAACUACGCAUUGGUACAACUAUUGCCGAUACAAAAUUCGAUGAAAUGGGCGCUGAAGGUCGACUCGGUCAAGAAUUCCGAUUUGCGGAAGCAGUUGGAGGCUGAACUGAGCAGCCUGGCCAAGGUGGUGAAUGACACCGCGCAAAGCAUUCAGGAAAAAGUGGGAGACAAACCAAGAAGGAGUCUGAUCAUGUAUGAUCAGCUCGGUGAGAAGAGGUAG